AUGCUCUUAUCCGAACAUCUUCGUGCUUUAUGUGACAAAAACCGGAGCUUGCAAGCGAUCCUUAAUAAUUCAUCCCCAUAUGAAGAAGCCGAACCACUUUUGAAAAAAAUGUUGCAGCAGUCCGUGUCGCAGAGUAAGAAAAAAUCGAAUGGAUACAGAUACAUGGACCAGGCUUUAAAUAACUUCUGCCUCAACACCUACAUUCUCGGAGGAAGACGGCUUUAUGAAAUUUUCCAUGCCAAUUUUAAAGGAGUGUUCCCUUCUCCUCGGACGAUGGGUGAGAGACUUGCCAAACAUCAAACCUUUAUUCCAGAAGGUGUUGUAAACGUAGAAGGACUAAAAGAAUACUUGACUUUACAUAACUUGCCAAUGAUGGUUUCCUUGAGUGAGGAUGCUACAGCUGCUGUGGGGAAAAGACAGUACAACAGUACGACUAACUCGAUUUAUGGAUUUAGCCUCCCGUUGCAGCCUAAUGGUCUCCCUAACUGGAAAGAUUCCGUGAUAAACAGUGCCCUUGAUGCAGUUCGUAUGUUUUCAACAUACAAAAGGGCGACUGUGUUAAUCGUUGUUAUGGCCCAGCCGAUGGGAGACGGCAUUCCCCCGAUACGGAUUUGCUCAUUUGGUAGUGAUAAUACCUUUAAGACGACAGACGUUAAACACAGGCUCCAAACAAUUGUGUCCCUCUUGAAGACAGAGGAAAUUAUUGUGCUAACUUAG